AUGGGCCACCGCCACCCCAAGAAGAAGCUCUACCUCGAGCGUCCUCCGCCCGACGAGCUCCGCAAGCGCACCCGCGUCACACGCAUCUCCCCUCCCUCACCACCGCCUCCUCCUCCUCCCUGCCCCGAGCCGGUGGUGAUCUGCCCUCCUCGCGAGCCAACCCCGCCGCCGCCGCCGCCGCCGCCAUGCCUGCCCGAGCCGGACCCCAUCGACGUCAUCGCCGUCGACGUGGACCCCCCCUCGCCGCGCCGUCGCCAUCACCACCACCGCCCCCGCCGGGACAAGGAGACCAUCAUCGAGCGCGAUCGCUACGUGCCCGUCCCGUACCCCGUCCGCGUGCCCGUCCCGUAUCCCGUCCGCGAGCCCGUCCCGUACAUUAUCCGCGAGCCCGUCCGCGAGCCGCAGCAGCCCAUCAACGUGCACGUGUCGGCCGAGGUCAAAUCGCCCUCGCCGCCGCCGCCACCUCCCCCGCCCCAGUUUCGCUACAUUGAUGCGCCGCGGAGGUGCCCCCCUUCGCCGCCGAGCACCUCGUGCGAGUCGGAUGACGUGGAGCGCAUUCACAUUAACAUUGAGGAUCGCCAUCGCCAUCAGCAUCGCCUCAAGGAGCAUCCCGAGAGCCACUACGACCACGUGCACUAUGAUCGUGAGCGCCGCUACGAUCGCCCGUCCUACCGGUACUAG